AUGUCCAAAACUCAUAUCGAAUCAGUUUGUGCAUCUCUUCUACAAGAACUUGAGAUUAUAUGGGAAGAGGUUGGAGAAACUAAAGCAGAAAGAGAGAAGAUUUUGAUUGAGAUCGAAGACGAAUGCAGAAACGUGUAUGGUAAGAAAAUCGAAAAGGUUAAAGAAGAUAGGGUUAAGAUAAGACAAGAGAUUGCUGAUUCAGAAGCAAGAGUUGUCGCUAUAUGUUCUGUAAUGGAAGAGCCACCGGUUCUUGGAAGACAACAGUCUGAUCAAAGUGGGAGAAGCUUGAAAGAAGAGCUUGUAAAGAUUCUUCAGAAACUUGAAGACAUGGAAAAGAGAAAAUCAGAGAGGAAGAUUCAGUUUAUUCAAGUUAUUGAAGAUAUAAGAUGUGUUAGAUAUGAGAUUAAUGGAGAUUCUGAUGAGACUUGCUCAUCUGAUCUUUCUGUAGAUGAAUCUGAUUUAUCUCUUAGGAAGCUUGAAGAGUUACAUAGAGAGCUUUACACACUUCAAGAACAAAAGAGAAACCGAGUGAAACAGAUUCAAGAUCAUCUAAGAACUCUUGAAUCGCUUUGUUCUGUUCUCGGUUUGAAUUUUCGAGAUACUGUCACCAAGGUUCACCCAAGUUUAGUAGAAUCUGAAGGGUCAAGAAGUAUAAGUAAUGAAACACUUAACAAGUUAGCUUCAUUAGUAAAACAAUGGCAUGAGACAAAGAUACAGAGAAUGCAAGAACUUCAAGAUCUUGUGAUGACGAUGCUUGAGUUUUGGAAUUUAAUGGAUACACCAGCAGAAGAACAACAAAAGUUCAUGAAUGUUUCAUGUAAUAUAGCUGCUACCGUUUCUGAAAUAACCAGACCUAAUAGUCUUUCUAUAGAUUUGCUUCAAGAGGUUAAAGAUGAGUUGUGUCGGUUAGAGGAGUUGAAGUGGAGCAAAAUGAAAGAACUUGUUCUAAAAAAGAGGUCAGAGCUUGAAGAUAUAUGUAGAAGAACACACAUUGUUCUUGAAGAAGAAGAAGAUAUAGCGGUUGAGAAUGUAAUCAAAGCCAUUGAAUCAGGAGAUGUGAACCCUGAGUAUAUACUAGAACAGAUUGAGUAUAGAGCUGGGAAAGUGAAAGAGGAAGCUCUAAGUAGAAAAGAGAUUCUUGAAAAAACUGAGAAAUGGUUGAGUGCUUGUGAGGAAGAGAAUUGGCUUGAAGAAUAUAAUCAGGAUGAAAACCGAUACAAUGCUGGAAAAGGAUCUCAUAUAAUCCUCAAACGUGCAGAGAAAGCUCGUGCACUUGUUAAUAAACUUCCAGCUAUGGUGGAAGCAUUAGCUUCCAAGAUUACAAUUUGGGAGUCAGAGAAAGAAUCUGAGUUUCUCUUUGAUGGUAAUCGCCUACUUUUGAUGCUAGAAGAUUAUACAGAACUCAGAGAAGAGAAAGAACAAGAACGCCGCAGGAAAAGGGAUUUGAAGAAACUUCAGGGUCAAGUGACAUCAGAGCAAGAUAAAGCAAGUGUUACAAAGCCUCAAAGCGCUAAAAAGGGUCUUAAAGUAUCAACUAACAAGAGAUUUGUGUCAUCGCCUCAAACCCCUCGAACCGAUUCGCCUAUGUCAGCAAAAUCUAUUACUACUCCUCAAUCACGCCAUGGCUGAAAAGAUUGAGCAAAAAAAAAA